AUGGCAUGGGAUUGGAGUUCCAUAAGUUCGCUGCUUGGGACGCUGUUAUUCCUAAGGACAGCGAUCCGAGAUUUCUUCCCUGAGGAGCUCCGCCGCUGCGUCCGCUCCCUCUUCCGUCGCCUCCUGACGAGACUCGACCCUGAAACCACCAUCAUCAUCCAUAAGUAUGACGGCAGCACUGUCGACGAUCUCUACUAUGCUGCCCAGAUCUACCUCGGCCACCACUGCGUCGCUGAUGCCGCCGCCGUUUGCCUCUUCAUGGGUAGUUGCUCCUCACGCCCCACCGCCUUUCUCCCUGACUACCACACCACCAACGACACAUUCCGCGGCAUCCCCCUCCGAUGGAGCUCCGACAUCGGACGCUCCCCUACGAAGUCCUCGAACAGACAACGCCACCUCAAGCUUUCUUUCCCUCGACAGCAUCGCGAUGUUGUUAGCUCCUUCUACAUCCCCCACAUCCUCGAGGAGUCGGAUCGCAUCCUUCUCAUGACCCGCGAGCGCCGCCUCUACACUAAUGCCCUCGAAAACGAUGAUGGCGGCUUCUGGUCCUCUAUGUCCUUCGCCCACCCUUCCAACUUGGACACCCUCGCCAUCGACCCAACCCUCCGUGAUGACAUCCGCGCCGACCUCCUCGGCUUCGUCGGUCGCCAGGACUACUACGCUCGUGUCGGGCGACCUUGGAAGCGAAGCUACCUCCUCUAUGGCCCGCCAGGGACGGGCAAGACAAGCCUUGUGGCCGCCAUCGCCAACUUCCUCGAGUUUGACGUUUUCGACAUCGAGCUUACUGCUGUCGACUCCAGUUUCGAACUCCGUCGUCUCCUAGAAUCCACCACCCCCCGGUCUGUCAUCGUCGUCGAGGACAUCGAUUGCUCCCUCGACCUCAGCGACCGAAAGGAAGAGACACAACAUGAUGGUGCGGAGGAGACGACAAACCUCUCCUGUGUGCUAGACUUCGUGGAUGGGCCUAUGGACGUCGUCCGAAGGGGAGCGACUCAUGAUCUUUACCACCAAUCAUCCUGA